CACUACUUCUGCAUCUACAACAGGGGAUGGGGAGGGGAUCCUCAAUCGCGGUUCGCGAACUCUCUUAGAAGACUGGGUUCAAGUUGCAUAUUCGCAGAAAACAUGGGGGCUGAACAACUGACGAAGAGGAAAGAAGGAAAAAAAAAAGUAACCUUGAUUUCUGUGGUAUGAAAAAAAUCCUGUGAAAGCUCCACUUGUUAAAAAAAAAUGUAAUCUCUUUAAUGAAUUGCACCUGAUGUUUACAGGGCGGGGAAGCUCACUCGAAAUUUUUUCCCCGCAAGACGGGGCUUUCACUGCAUAGUACCUACAGUAAAAGUGAAUGCCCCGGGUAUCCCCCAAUUUGGGGGGGGGGAGGAUGAGGUUCAAAUGACUGGUGCAUGAUUCUUUGACUGAUUUGGGACAGUGACCAAGAUUUCUUGGUAUCCUUAAGAUCCUCGCUUUCCCCAUUUUCCCUCUCCAUUUUCACCCGUACGAACACUUACCUAGCUAGCAAAAGACAUAAAUUUAUUUUCAAGAAGAAACCGUACUAGAAAAUUUACAGAUAGACUGGAAAUUACACAAAGACAUUCACCUCGGAGACCUAGGAGCAGUGAAAAUUGUAGAACCUUUUCGCGCUGCUAUUGGCAGUCUGUUUGUCUCUCAAAUCAGGGACAUUUCAGACUAGAAGGUACUGGGACAAGACAUGGAUGAGGCACUAACGACUCGAGAAGAAAGAUAUCUCUGAGUCUCUAUACCGCCCUUUUGCGUUUGUGUUCACUGAUAAAGAAACGCGCGCGACUAGUGUCCACGCCCUCUCGAAAUUUCUCUCGUUCCAUUCUUUUGCAGUUUAAGAAUGGGAAGCCGAUUGAAGGUUAUCUUUCCUCGUCUCAUUCGAACCAUAUUCACCACACGGGCUAUGGCUAGCAGAAAAGAGAUCGUAGUUCCUCCUGCAAUCCCUACUAAACUUCAAGAACUGAUUUACGCUUUUCGUGAAUCCAAAGCGCUGUUCGCAGCAUGUGAUCUCGGUGUUUUCUAUUUAUUACACGAAUCCGAUGCACCACAGUCAGCUAAAGAGAUAUCUUCAAAGAUGAGUGCCAAUGUGGAUGCUACAACACGUUUAAUGGACACUCUGGUUGCUCUAGAAUUGUUAGAAAAGACCAAACAAGGCGAACUGUGGUUGUAUUCCAAUACAGAAAUGGCCAAGGAGUUUCUGACCAAGUCAAGCACCAAUUCCGUUGAUGGUUACCUCAAACACUCGAAUAAACUGUUGUACCAUCUUUUCGGUAAUUUAGAAAGUGCAGUUCGCGAAGGAUCGAAUCAGUGGAUGAAUACUUUUGGCCAAUCAUCAGAAGAUUUGUGGAAAGCCGUUUACGACACGGAAGAAGACCGCUUACGGUUUCUUGGAGCUAUGCAUUCAACGUCACGCCAUUCCUGUCACGGCGUGGUAACGGCAUUUGACUUGAGCAAGUUUCAAUCUUGUUGCGACUUGGGAGGUGGAACAGGAGCUAUGGCAUACACAUUGUGUCAGUAUUACCCUGACAUGAAGAUCACAGUGUGUGAACUGCAGUCAGUUAUGGAUGUAGCUCAUCAUUUUCGUCCAUCUUCAGAAGAUUGCCCCAAUCAAGAAAAUGUUUCUUACGUUGCAGGCAAUUUCUUUCAGCCUAACCUACCCAAGGCUGAUUUGUACAUAUUGUGCCGUGUUCUUCAUGAUUGGCCAGAAGAAAAACUGGCCUUGAUACUCUCAAAUGUGUUCAAGUGUUUGUCUCCAGGUGGUGGUCUUCUCAUUGCUGAAAGGUUCUUGAACGAAAACAAAACAGGACCCAGAAGUACUCUUCUACAGUCCCUUAACAUGCUUGUGCAGACCCAUGGCAAGGAACGAACGGCGACAGAAUACAAAGAGCUUUUAGAGGAACAAGGAUUUGUUGACAUUCAAGCAAAACAGCCCAAGUCCCCUUCAGGAUAUGUUGCCAUUUUAUGUAGAAAGGCUUGAAGUAACUUUGACUGUCUCCUAGCCUUGUACAAUGAUCUGACUGAUGAUGCAAUAGAGAGCAACAGGAACAGUUGGAAUAAUUUAUGGUAGGAAUGGUAGGAUCAGAGGAACUGUAAGAAUAGUAGGGACAGUAGGUUCAGUGGGAACAGUGGGAACAACAGGAAUGGUAGGAACAGUAGGAACAGCAUGAACGACACCACUGUUCCCUUUCUUAUUACUAUUCCUAUUGUUCCUCCCUACUGUUCCCCUGUUCCUACCAUUCCUCCUUCCCUGCAUUCCUACUGUUCCUUUGUUCCUACUGGUCCCACUAAAAUAACAAAUUCAUAAUAAAUUUGUAUUUUGAGAGGAGGCCUCCAAUCACCUAGCGGUGGUUUGCAGGAGGGUCCUCUAAAAAAUUAAAGUCCAAAAUAUACAUCAAAUGUCUAAAAUACAGAAGUAAUAAAAGCUAAAAACUGUUCCUCUGUUCCUAUGGUUCCUGCUGUUCCUCUGUUCCUUCCAUUCUUUGUUUCCUCCAUUCCUACUGUUCCUUCCAUUCCUACUUCCCCCUACUGUACUUUUUGCCUUCCUUCAAGAUCCAAAUGUGGGAUCCUUGCUUUCCCCAUUUUCCCCUCUCCAUUUUUCACCCGAGUGAACACUUACCUAGCUAGCUCAAGAGAAAUAUAUUUUCAAGCAGAAAUUGUUCCAGAAAAUUUAAAAAGUAUGCUGGAAAUUACACAGAGAAAGCAAGCCCCUUUUUGGGGGGUAAAUUUUUCACUAGUAAGAAACGUGAGGGGGGUCAAAUUUUGACACAGCAACGGCAGUAUAACAUAAUUAAGAAUAUGGGAAUAGCUUGCACAAUGGCUGUUUUAAAGUUUCUUUCAAAACAGUCACUGGAAACUAAACCAUCACAAUUUUACAAAGUCAGUCUCUUGA